AUGGGCUCAAUCGGAUCCUCCCACCAUGACCCGCAGCUAGCAGCCUCCGCGUCCAGCAACGAGGCCGCAGACAUGAUCACACUAGACUGCUCCAAGCUCCGGGGGUCCGCCGCCGAACGACGCGAAGCGCUGGUACAACUCGACCACGCCCUGCAAACCUACGGCUUCAUCUACUUGGCCAACCACGGCAUGCCCGAGGAACGCUUCUUCCACCUCGACGCCGCCACCAAGAACCUCAUCCCGCGGCCCGCCAGCGACGCCCUCGAAGACCACCUCGGCUACGCCGAGUACGGCGUGGGCCACAUCAGCCAGCUGGUGUUCGACGAGGCGGCCGUCGAGGCGCACCGCAUCGCGUCGCCGGACCACAAGGAGACGCUCGAGGUCGGCAACCCGGCCGACCCGAAGAACCGGUGGCUGCCGGAGCCCCUGUUCCCGGGGUUCCGCGCCUUCUACGCGCGGUUCUGGGACGCGUGCAACGAGGUCGAGGCGGCGCUGCGGCGCGCGCUGUGCGACAUCCUGGCCAUCGAGACGGACACGCUGUGCCGCAUGCAGAGCCAGCGGUUCGGGCAUAUCAGCUUCCUCCACUAUCCGCAGAUGGUGCUGCAGUCGGCCUCGGCCACAGCCACCGCCCCCGCGGGCCAAGAAGCGCGCCGCCUGAACGCGCACACCGACUACGGCGGCCUGACCCUCGUCUUCCAGGACCAUGUGGGCGGGCUGGAGGUGCACGACGGCGCCGUCUUCCGGCCGGUGGCGCCCAAGCCCGGCACGAUCGUCGUCAAUGUCGGGGACAUGCUGGAGCGUCAGUCGAAUGGGCGGUGGAAGAGCGCCUUGCAUCAGGUCGUGGGGCCGCGCGAGGAGACGCUGGGGGCCCGGUCGGACAAGGGCAAGCUGGUGUUCGAUCGCUACUCGAUCGCGUAUACCGGGGCGGUGGACCCCGAGGUCAUGAUCGAGACCUUGCCGGGCUGUGACGUGCCGGGGAAAUGGAGGCCCAGUAUGGCCGACUGGGACCAGGAGAAGCCGGUGACUUCCUAUGAGUGGCUGACCAAACGGGUGGCCGCGGAGUAUCACCAGGGCUAA